AAUCAUCAUUGCUGUUCAUAUAUUCCCCCACUCCCAAUUCUAGUUCCCAUCUUAAUAUAAAUUCUCUGUCCCUCCACUGUUUACAGCUUCAACUGCAUUCCUUCAAUCACAGAAGGAAAAGGGAAAAAAAAAGGGUAAAAGCGAAAUUACCAAAAAACCCCAAACCAUUUCUCUCUCUUUCUCAUCCAACAUAACCCAUGGCGGAAGCAUUGUUCUCCUACCUCUCCGACGACAUCCUCGUAUCAAUCUUCUCAAAACUCGACGGCAGCGACCCUCGCCACCGCGCCGUCCUCUCCUCCGUCUGCACCCGAUUCUGCUCGCUCCUCCGCCAGCACCACCGCCUCCUCCUCCCUCUCCCUCCCUCCCACCACUUCCCCAACGACUCCACCAACACCCCUGAGAUCCUCCUGAAGCUCCAUUUCUGCUGCCCCGGCCUCCUCCACGCCGGCGUCGUAUCCGAAUCCGGGUUCGGAUCCGAAGACCCAAUUGGAAAAAGGCGAAAGCUUUGCAAUCAAAAGGAACACUUGGCAUCUGGGGUUUGGAGUUUGAGCAGAGAGCAAGGUUCGAAGCUUCUGGCUCGGCAAUUCCGUGAUGAUUGCCUCUACAUAUGUGACUGGCCUGGGUGCUUGCAUCUGGAGGAGAAGAGGAAGUACAGGUUGUUCCGGGGGGUGUUCGUGGAUUUUAAGGAAACUAGGGUUUGGAAGGCCUUAAAUGAUGGGAAGAACAAGGUUAAGAGGAAGGUUGAUGUUGGCGGUUGUGCUUUCUGUAAGAGUGAGGAGAGUUGGGACCUUCACUCUGCUUUCUGUCUGAGAAGAGUGUUUGGGUUCCAUGAUGAUGGUGAACCUGUUGUUAGGGCUUUUGUUUGUGAGAAUGGCCAUGUUUCUGGUGCUUGGACUGAUGUCCCAAUGUACUCUUGAGAUUACUUUCA